AAAGGAACUGGAAAGUUUCCUCGGCCAGGUUGUAGAAUCGGUAAGAGCUUGAAACACUGGAUGUUUUCAAAGUACUUUUCCGCUGCACCAAUUCACCACUUAUAAGACUUGGCACGGAUUCAAAGGAUCAUAAGACUAGAUUUCGUUUUCCUCUUCCGUUUGCUGUUGAAUAAGUAGAUGGGCAUAUCUGUAAACAAGAUCUGCGUAGGAAUCAAUACCCUUUUACUUGUGUACGGUUGUAGUGCUGAUGGUGCUGAUGAUUUGAUAUGUACAGGGACUACCUUUUACCGCAUAAAGGAAAACGGUCAGGCCGGUUGUAAGGAAUGUCGACCGUGUGUAGGGGGUGGCAUCGGAUGGAACACUACUGUGAAGAGACGGGAAGAUGAGCACGGCUUCAGGUCUUGUUAUCAGUGUACCAAGUGCCCAAGUGGUACAUAUCGGGAUUUAGAAUCUACAGAUUCCAGGUGUAAGCCUUGUACCCUUGAUUGUCUCAGACUCCAUAGGUACGGUUCUGUCAGAUGUGGUGGAGCCAACCCCGGGCACUGUGGAGAAUGCAGAACUGGGUAUGUUGCUCACUCCAAGGAGUCGAACAGCAUGUGCACAAUCCGAACAACACAAGUAACAGACAAACCCAGUACUAAUCACACAGAAACAAUACUUGAAACAAGGUCAAGUGUAUCUGGAGAAAACAGUGAUUAUCCGAUUGCCAAUCUUCUAGUUUGGAUUCUCGGUGGGACUGUGUUUCUUCUGUUGACCUUUGUGAUAAUAUUAUGUGUGGUAGGACGCAACAAAUCACACAACAGAAACAAGAAAAAGUCUGCAACAGCAUCAGCAAAAGAUGGUAACUCGACUAGAGCUCUGAUUGGCAGCGGAAGUACUUUGGGUGAAGACAGCUUAGAGGUGGAUUAUGUUGCUGUUAGGGCCGAAAGACCAGAAUGUCUAACUAUUGAGGAACUCGAGGCCUUGAGAACUGGACAAGAAAUUGAAAUCUGUGACAGAGUCCUGGACAAAGAUGACGAAACCAUUACUAUUGUUUCCAAAAAAGUAAGUGGUGAAAGCCGACAUGAAUUAUUUCAGACAUACCUGAAAAUAGAGAAAUCCAAGACUGAUCCGGAAGAAGAAAAAUGGGAAAAGCAUAUUAUAUCUUUCUCUGCAUAUAUUCUGGAAGUACUGAAAAUAUGGCUGCAACAGGCUGGCAAGGAGGCCACUCUCAAAGCACUUUGCAAUGCACUGAAAAUGGCAAGCUUUGAUAAAAUUGUUGAUGAGAUACUAGAUCUACCAGAAAAUCAAACCCCACCCACAAAUGCUGAGAUUAAAGAAACGAUCGAGAUUAACAUAGCUGAUGUAUAAUACUUCGAAAACAAAUUCGGUUUCAUUGGUUAAGAGAAUUAAAUAUGUCUGACUCGUAAGUUUUACAAUUUUUAUUUAAGUAGAACAUUAUGUAAGCAUGAUAAAGAAAGAAACCAAGUUAGGCAAUUACUUCCUAUUUUAUUCUUGAGCGAUAUGUACAGGCUAUGUCGCUAUGAUUUUAGAAGCUAAUAACACUAUGCAGGUAUAUUAAAUUAAAUAAGGCAAUAGCUUUUGUAAUUAUUUUUUAUAUAUUUUUUUCAUUUUCAUCUAAUUUAUAUUUUAAGUUACCGACAAAGUAAAGUUACGAAGACAUUUACCAAACUGUUAUGUAGGCUCCAUUCUGCACGUACAACUAAACCGACUUUUACAACUAAACCGACUUUUCGCGUCUAUUUUGCUCAGAUAAUAUCUCUGGAAUUCCAGUUUUAUGUUGAUGGUUCAGUUUUGUUGACUCUAUCAACAACUGUAAGUAGCAUAUGACGUAAUUGUAAACGUUUAGUCUAGAAAUUAUACAGGACUUAAUGUGAUAUUUUGUGCACAAUUUUUUUUUCGGGACGGGGCUUGAGAUAGGCGGAUUUUUAGAAAAGCGAGUUCUAGAUAUCGAGUGCAUGUAAUAGGCAUGUUUUGAUUUAUUUCAUGUUUGUGUACCAUAUAAUCAUUACAUCAUUUGAACGAAUUAUGUAAAGUAUGCUUCAAUAAUUUUAACAAACAGACAGAUUUUAACAGAUCUAUAUAUCAUUAGCUUACAAAAAUCAUGUACAAGCUGGAUGUAAAAAUAUACAAUUAAAUGUUUUCAUAUUUUGGGUGUUCACCAGCGUAGUUUGGUGAUAUUUCUUUCAUUGUUUUUGCUGAUCUUUCUUUCUUUGCUUUGGUAACAUUUUGGAUGAGGUACUCAAUUUACUAGAAAAUCAAACUCUAUCCACAUACAUUGAGAUUAAAGAUACGAUAGAUAUUACUUUUACUUAAGAAAUGAUAUAUCCCAGACAGUGACUUGUAGUUGAAUAAAAUCACUGCCUGGAGUUCAUAUGUGAAGGAAUCAUAUGCGAGUGAUAAUAAUAUAGGACCUACAUGCAAUUGACAACGAUUUGUUUUUUCAAGAGAAAAGUACUGUUUGAGAUAUAUUAUUGCGAUUUUAACACGUUAUCAAGAAAUAAUAUAUAUAUAUAUAUAUAUAUCUUUGAAUUUAUUAAAUUUAUCAAUAAACUUGGAAGCUAAACUUGGAAUACAUUCACAAAUUAUCUUCAUGUUCGUGUAAUUUUCUUUUCUAGCGCGUCGGUACAUGACAUUCUACGGUGCCCCUAAAGUGACAUGUUA